CUCUGUAUGUGUGAGUGUGUGUGUCUCUGUGUGUGUCUCUGUAUGUGUGUCUGUGUGUGUGCAUGUGUGUGUGUGAGUGUACGUGUGUGUGUGUCUCUGUGUGUGUGUGUCUGUGUGAGUGUACAUGUGUGUGUGUGUGUCUCACGCCUGUUAAAGGAACUCGUCGAUGGCGUGUCGUCGGCUCUCACAGCUCAAAAGAAGAAGAAGAACACGGACACGGCGCCCAGACUUCCUGUCCUCUCUCUCCUCGCUGCACGGGCGUUCCUCUUCUUCUUCUUCUUCUUCUUCUUGAGCGCCUGACAGCCGACGAGGGAACAACCGACCUCAGCCGACCUUCUCACCUCGCCUGCAGCCCAAAGCCGGUAAGCCGGUGCUCGUUGGCGCCCUUCUGGGGACCGGGCCCCACCUGCACUGAGGCCGUUGGAGACAUGAACGUCUGUUACGUCCUCGACGGGAUCCUCAUCCUUUACGGCGUCAUCCUCACCGCCUUGUACUGCAGGAUGAGGACGACUCCGUCCAGCAAGAGGCCCGCCCCCCCCCCCAAGAAGCAGCCGACUGAGGGAGGCGUCUACGCGGCUCUGACCUCUCCCAGCGCCGACGUGUACGAGAGCGUCCAGGUGGACAAGAAGCCGACGGCCUGAUGGAAGAAGAGCUGACGAGCUUCAUCCACUCAUCCAUUCAUCCACUCAUCCACUCAUCCACUCAUCCAUUCAUCCACUCAUCCAUUCAUCCACUCAUCCACUCAUCCAUUCAUCCACUCAUCCAUUCAUCCAUUCAUCCACUCAUCCACUCAUCCAUUCAUCCACUCAUCCAUUCAUCCAUUCAUCCACUCAUCCAUUCAUCCACUCAUCCACUCAUCCAUUCAUCCAUUCAUCCACUGAACGAGUCGCUAAUAAAAGAUUUUUAGACGUG